CUGGAUUUUUGGGGAGACGUUGCUUCUCGGCCGCGGUUUCACAAAAUGUGGGUUGGACUAUUGGAGUAUCGUGGAGGCCCAUACGGUGACGUCGUAAACCAAGAUUUUUGGGUCUGAGUAUCAGUGAUCCAGCACAUCACAGCACAUUCGUUUACAGAAACAUUGCUCAGACCCAGCCCAACAUCUACAUCCUUUACUUUCUUCGUCUCUCGUACCGAUGUUGCUAAGAAAAGAACACUCACCGGAGAGGCGGAGAUUCAUGGCGGUGGCACGGCUGAUACGACCUCUAAGGCAAUCACCACAAGUGCAGAACUGUUACUGCUCUCUCACAGUGCUUGAUCACCUCCUAUUCUCAUCCUUACUGGUGACGGUAGCUACUAAAGUCACCUUGCAUUCUUUCUCUUUCGCGACGUCUACUUCCUCUCGCCGGAACGUCCGUCACCGGUCGCGUGGACUCAGAUUGCCUAAUUCUCCUACGCCGCCUAAUCUCCAAAAGGAAGAUGGCGAGACCAGUGAUUGGGAUACCGAUGUGAAGAAAAGCCGCAACCAGAAGAAGCGCGAGGCCCGGCGCUUCGUCCGUUGGGGCAUGGACAUCGCCUCCUUCUCGACUCCCCAAAUCAAACGCACACUCAGAGUGACGGCUCUCGAACAAGAAGUAUUGGAGGCUUUAAUGUUAGUGAAGAGACUCGGGGCGGAUGUUCGAGAAGGAAAGCGUAGGCACUUCAAUUAUAUUGGGAAACUGCUGCGAGAAGUAGAACCUGAAUUAAUGGAUACUUUGAUUCAAGCUACGAAAGUUGGUGAUCAGAAAACACUGCAGCAUCUAGCUAGUUUGCAGCCGCAAAUCAUUGCAGAUAAGGAUGAUGAUGAAGAAUCCGAAAGUGAGGAUGAAGAUGAGGUAUCACAAGCUCACACCAAUAUUGCAAGUAGAUGGUUUGAUGGCUUGAUCAGAACUACGCAAACUUGUACGUAGAGUACACCCGAUGAAAGACAAAAGACAAGGUGUUACAGAGGAAAAUGAUGGGGCGAAAAUAGAUGCAGAAAUAAUGGGUGCCGAGAAGUCCCUCACCUGUUUCCUUGGAGACAUUGCUAGGCAAUUACCAAAUGAAUAACAUCUGAUUACUUGUAACAUUGUCAUUCUCCUGUGCAAUAAGGUAAUAUUGUUGAU